CUCUCUGCGGCUUCAGGAGCGAGCAGCUGUCAGUGCACACAGCACACAGAGCUGAGCGUCACGACGAGCAGAGGGGGCUUUGUGGAGGGACAGGCGCUUUAAAAUGCAGCUCAGCGACGACGAUUUAUGCCCUCUAACACACUGUUGCAUGUGCAAUACGUGUCGGGUCUCUGCAGUACAAAUCUAGAGUCAGGUCUACGUGCAGAGGAGAUAGGGACUUUUUCCUGUCUGUGUGUGUGUGUGCGUGGUUUUUAAAUCUUCGCAGUGUUGUCUGCCUCUGUACUGUCCAUCCGACGGAACCAGUCCAGACAUGAGUACCGUUAAUCUGAUUUUCUGGGACCAGUUGCAGGCUGGGAGCUCCGACGUGGACUGGUGUGAAGGGAAUUACCUAAUUUACCCGAGCAUCGCUGAAUUUUAUAACACGAUCAGCAACAUUUUGUUUUUUGUUUUGCCGCCCAUAUUAAUGUGCUUGUUCCGCCAAUAUGCAACACAUUUCAACAGUGGGAUUUACCUCAUAUGGAUUCUACUUGUUGUGGUUGGCAUCGGAUCGACAUAUUUUCACGCCACCCUCAGCUUCCUCGGCCAGAUGCUGGAUGAGUUGGCCAUCCUAUGGGUGCUCAUGUGUGCCAUUGCCAUGUGGUUUCCUAAGAGAUACUUACCCAGGAUGUUCAGGAGGGAUCGGUCAAGGUUCAAAGUGGUCAUCGGCAUCUUGUCAGGGAUCACCACUGGGCUGGCCUUUGUCAAACCUGUCGUCAACUCAUUGUCACUGAUGACCCUGGGUAUCCCCUGCACGGUGCUGCUCAUUACUGAGCUCAAAAGGUGCGAAAACCCACGUGUGUUCAAGUUGGGACUGGUCUCAGGGAUCUGGUGGGCACUGGCUCUGCUUUGCUGGAUCAGUGACAGGAUAUUCUGUGAAAUGUGGUCAUCUGUUAACUUUCCCUACCUACACUGUGCUUGGCACAUCCUCAUCUGUCUGGCUUCCUACUUGGGCUGCGUUUGCUUCGCCUACUUUGACGUCGCGACUGAGGCCCCGGAGCGAGGACCCGUUAUCAUGUUCUGGCCCAACGAGAAAUGGGCUUUCAUUGGCGUGCCCUACGUUUCCUUCCUCUUCGUCCACAAGAAGUCCGCUAUCAAGGUGACUUAAUCGCGACUUGGGUCUGCAGCUCUGCUGGUCGCGCUUCAACACUUCUCACAAUACACACCACUAAGUCGGGUUGUGUCCACUGGGUGAUGUAGGUGAUGCACUUUUUGGCCAAACAGUCUUUUCCUUUUUUCUGUCCCCGAUCUGGUUUUGACUACACAGCAGUGUUUAUGCAACAAAAUGUGUCACAAACCAGUCGAGCAUGACACAGGGUGACUUUUUAAAUGAAACAGUAUCAAAGCCAAGAACCCUUUACAGUGUUCCAAACGUCCUCUCGGGCUUUGUAAGUAUUAGUAUUAUGCAUUUCAGGCUUCUUUAAAGAGAAGGUUUUGUACAUUUUAUAAUGACUAAGAAAACCUCAUUAUAAAGCAUCAUAUUGCCUUUAUAAACACGACAAAUAAUAGCAUCUCAUAGGUGCAGUCUGGCCAUCAUGAAACCAUGUUUAGAAACAAUAAAGCACUGGAUUCAUUAACUGUGAUUAAUGCAUUAAGUAUUAAAGCUUCAUGUUGUUUUGCUUAGCCAAUCUUACUAUGCUCAAUGGAUCACCAAGCUGGUUCAUAAGAUGUUACAGAAGUGUUCUAAGAAGGUAUUUCACACAAAGCCUUAUGUGUAUUUGAAUACAUAACGGAUUCAGGCCUCUGUUGACUGACUUUUUAAUUUAAAACAUUAGAAAUAGAUUCUUUCUUUCGCGCGUGUGCUAUGUUUUACUUCCAGCAUGCCACUGUGAUUGUACAAGAUAUUAUAUGAGAAAUGUGUUUAAUAUAUUCCUGUAUAUAUUUUUGUUAACUAACAAUGUAUUAUGCAGUUGUUUUUUUUUUUAUAUCAUUCAUAUAUAACUGAAUGAAUAGGUACCAUUUGAUAUUGGCAGAAACCCAAAGGGAAAAGAAAAACAAAAAAACAGAAUGUGAAAUCAAAAUGUAUUGAGAUAUGAAUGACUAUUCAAGGAAAUGAUUACUUAUUUUGCACAAGACGAAGAAUGGUUCUCAAAGCCUUCGGCUAAAUACUCACCGCGCAGCAUUUCAGAACAUGAUAAUUCUAAUUAUUUACUCAAAUAUUUGCUUGCUAAUGCCGUUAAUGCUUCCGUUUUCUGAUUUGCACCCAGCGUGCAAAGACUCUUAAACUUGUCUCCAGGGUUCUUUAUUCCAGGCACCACUAUUUUAGACUUUGUGCUGAAUAUCCAUUGAAGCUCUAAAAGCCUUAAUCAAACACGAACAUGGACUAAAAAGGCAAAAGAAUGUGAGUUCUGUCCUUGUGAUGCAACUGAAGUGUUCUCUAAAAGGGGAAAAUGCAGUGUAACGACUGCAUUCAGUAACAAAUGGGAAUUUAGUUUAUAUCGGGUAGUUGUAGGUUUUAAUACGUAGUCUAUACAUUUCAUUUGUUCAUGUCUAGUUGGCAGAAAUGAGUAGAAAUUCUGUAUGUGGAAUAAAAAAAGGGAAGUAUGUUUCAAAGCUACACACUAACCCUAAAAGACAAGGAGCACCAAAGCUUUUUUUUUUUUUUUUUCAUUACAAACCAUUGUUUUAAAGCUUGUUCUGGAAAACUGCCUCAAGCUGUUUAACUAAUAUUAUUUUACUCCCGUCCUCCCGCAGAGGCUUCUGGAAAAAAUAACUUAUGCCUACAUGAAGGAUCAAAUAAAGGAUCGUGAUUUACAAAGAACAAAACUAUUUUUUUUUGAGAUUCUGAAGUGGUAUUUUCUAACAACAUGAAGUAUUUUGUGAAAUCCAAAACUUAUAUUUUUGUAAAAAAAAGAAAAGAAGUGUAGCCAAAAUUGAAGGGUGAGUGAUUUUUUUGAUAUUGCAUGAUUACUACCUUUGUAUCGCCAAACGUUUCAUAAAAACUGUUUUUUAUGUUAUCUUCAGGAGAAAUGGACAGUAUUGACAAUGUGAUCAAAAAAGCUGUUGUUUUGCUCAAGGACACUUAUUACAUCUUACUGAAUCAUACCUCUGAUCCACGAUGGUGGGUUGUUUGUAUGAAGUCAGUGAGUCAGCCUCAGAUAAAGGAGCUUGUGUAACAGGACAGCUUGUCUAAUGCUGCCCUCUGCAUCGUGAUGUUUGUGUUGGCAUGAGGUAUGAUUAUGAUCUCAUAACAGUGAAGUCUUUUUUAUGACCUUUAUAUAAAUCUUAGUUUUUGGGUUUUUUUUUCUCUGCUUGCAAUGACAAUACGGACAAACUGCACAGAGGUAUUUAUUUUCAUAAUUUAUCUUGUUUUGUAAACAAAUAUUUGUAAUAGAUUAGAACAUUGGUAUGUUAUUUUAUUUUAUUUUAUUUUAUGCAAUAAACAAAGCCAAUACUCAAAA